AUGACUGAUCGUGCUACCAUCAGAUGCAGAUUCCGCUCAUCAGGUUUUGACGGCAGCCAGUCCGCGUCGCAAUGCAUCUCGCUACGUUGGCCCGGAUACACAGCAUGGCCACAAGAGUCUGGAAGCCCUGAGACACAGUUGACUGUUGUGACCUCAAAGAAGCGGACUUUUUCCAGUGAUACGCCAGGCAGAGCAAUGUCAUUCGGGAUGACAUGCAUAUUGCGACAGCUCAUGGCGUCCAUCUUACAAGAAAAACACAGAGCAACAUCUCUUGCCAUGGAAAGUUUGAUUAGAUUCCUUUUCUUCCCUUGCGUCCAUUCUCAAGACUUUUCAUCCUCGAUUGUCGUUGGUAAACGGAUCUCAUUUCAUCGUCAUGCUCUGUGCCAGAAGAUCUCAAAAAUCCCACGGAAUUGUACAUGGUCAACUGACAAGAUUAUACUCUUUGCGAUCAUCGUCACUUGCACGAUCGACCACGACGACUUGACGGAGCACUCAGUGGCCAGCGAUUUCACCUAUGGCAAUUUGGGUGACUUUGAAGACAAACCACUUCUGCGACUAGUCACGAACGAGACCGGUAGGUUGAUCCGCGAGACUGCAACGUCCAUGUCGGAAGGAGCCCCACCCACUACGAGCGCCCAGGUACAUGACGCUUUCGACAUGGAAGAUUCUACAGAUCCCGUUGCUUCAGCGCUGCAGUAUGUCUCUCUUGAAGGAGUAGAGACCAAGCAACAGGCUACAUUGAAGAUUGGAGACACGAGUGAAAAUACAACUCGCACAAAGCAAAACAUAGACGUCCUAGCAGAAGUCAUCCUCCUCCACAUGAAACAUGUACAAACAACCAUGGAAGCUCUCCAAUCCCACAUCACCACCCAACUAGACGGCCCCAAAGAACCCCCCCUCCAUAAAUGGACCCCAUACACCGACUACAACACCCUCAGCCUAGCAAUCACCUCCCUAAACCUCGCAGUCACCCACCUCGAGCCACGCCAGCUCCCAGAAACCCAAGCAAACCGCUACCACCACCGCGCCCGCUCACUCUCUACCGCAACAAGCAAGAUCGCAAUCUUCAUCCUCGGCCACGCAAACAGGAAAUGCAGCACUUGCAUGGAAGACCUCGACGCGGCCUCGGACCUCGAUGCAGAUGCUAAACAGGCGGCUUACACACAUAUGACUGGGCAGGUAGGUCACAUUCUGGAUUACUGCUCCCGCGCCACAAGCUGUAUCUGGACCGCGUUUGACACGCUCGAAGCACACGUGCAGCCCAUGUCGUCCUGUGAAAUUGCCGCGACAGGGGAUACCACCGCCCGCAGCACGCUCGCGCCCGUAAUUAAGAAGGACGAAAAAUGCUGCGUGGCCGAGGACGAGAACGACAAGGUAACUGAACCUAGCCUGACUUACCACAACCUAAUCGCACUGGCCUGGCUCGUCGUGACAGUCAUAUGUGUGUACCCAACCGUCCACUCCCUAUUCCCUACUUUCAGCAGCAGCAACAACAACAACAGCCCAUCUCAACAACAACCCAUUUGCGAAACCGACAUCUACCACCAAACCCUUCACCUCGUCGAGCGCACAAACGCAAUCACCAACCUAACAACCGGUUUCUACACCAUCCAGCUCGCAGAUCUCGACAGUCGCUACAAGGCGCUCGAACAGGCCAGCGAGAGCCACGGCCUGCGCAUCGAUAAUCUGGUGGAUACGCUGGGUCCGCCGAAUGAACAGGGUACUUACCAUGUCACGGGGCAGAUUGCGGAAAUAGAGGGUCUGUCGCAGCGGCUGAGGAGGAUGCAGGAGGAUGUGGAGUGGCGGAUGCAGCGGAUGCAGAAUGAGAUGACGCAGACGAGGAAGACUAUGCAUCGUGUUGAUAUUCGGCUUACCAAGCGGUUGGAUAAAGUGGGUGCCGGUCGUUAG